CCGCUCUUUCAUCCUCGCGACGAACCUGCAUCGGCCCAACAUGGUCUAAGCUGGCCCAAGCCGAAACAGCAGUCAAGCAACGCCCAUUUUUUUUCCCAACAAUGGCCUCCUCCCACGGUGGCAGCCGAGGCCGCUCCUGCCCGCUGUCCUUUUUGUCGAGCAUCUACGACCUCGAGACCCUCGACACGCGCUUCACCACACCCUCGUCGGUGCCGUACAGGGCCGCAAACGACAAGCGGGAGGGCGACAGGGCCGUCGCCGACAAGCGGGUCGAGCCGCCGAAAUGGAGGACCCCCGAGUUCUACUUCUACUACCUCGUCUUCCUGGUCGUGGUGCCCUACAUGUUUUGGGUCGCCUAUGAUGUUUCGAGGCCAUCUGAUCCGAGAUACUACAAAUUUCAGAAACGACUUAGGGACGGGUGGAUUCCGGGCCGCAAGAUCGACGUAUCGGACGCCCAGUAUUACACCUUCCGGACAAACCUGCCGUAUAUGGCACUCUUGCUGGUGUUCCAUCCGCUGCUGCGCAGGGUCUGGAACGCCGUGCACCCCGUCCCGCCGGAGCUGAGAGCCGCGAGAGCGAACGUCCCCGAGGCGGCCGAGGCGAGGCUGCGCCAGCGCACCUCGUAUGACGCCGCCUUUGCGCUUUUCUUCCUCGUGGCGCUGCAUGGCUUCUCGGCAGCCAAGAUCCUGGCGAUCUUGGCCAUCAACUACCGGCUUGCAACGUCGGUGCCCAAGAGGUACAUCCCUGCCGCGACGUGGGUGUUCAACAUCUGCGUCUUGUUCGCCAAUGAGCUGUGCUCGGGCUACAAGUACCGCGAAAUUGCGCGGCUCCUGACCGGCUCGCCGGCCGAGAAUUUGGUGACGGGCACCUCGGGCUUGGUAGCGCUGGGCGAGUGGAUGGAUAGGCACGGCGGCCUGAUCAACCGCUGGGAGAUUCUCUUCAACAUCACCGUCCUGCGCCUGAUCAGUUUUAACCUGGACUACUACUGGAGUCUCGACAGGAGGGCUUCCAGUCCCAUCGAGAAGAAACAAUUGGACCCUGCCAACCUCUCCGAGCGCGACCGCAUCGCCACCCCGGCCGCGCCGCACGACUACUGCUUCCGCAACUACCUCGCCUACGCCAUCUACGGCCCGCUCUACCUCACCGGCCCCAUCAUCACCUUCAACGACUACAUCUCGCAGCAGCGGUACCGGCCGGCCACGCUCUCCACCCCGCGCACGCUCAAGUACGGCAUCCGCUUUGCGCUGGUCCUCCUCGCCAUGGAGCUGAUCUUGCACUACGACUACGUCGGCGCCAUCUCCAAGUCCCGCCCCGAUUGGUCCUCGUACACGCCCGCGCAGAUCUCGCUGCUCGCCUUCUUCAACCUGCACAUCAUCUGGCUGAAGCUGCUCCUCCCCUGGCGCUUCUUCCGCCUCUGGAGCCUCGUCGACGGCGUCGACCCGCCCGAGAACAUGGUGCGCUGCGUCAGCAACAACUACUCGACCCUGUCCUUCUGGCGGGGCUGGCACCGCAGCUACUACCGCUGGCUGCUGCGCUACAUCUACAUACCCCUGGGCGGGUCCAGCUUCCGGACCGGCCUGGACGCGGCCCGGACCGUGCUCACGUACCUGGUCGUCUUCACCUUCGUGGCGCUGUGGCACGAUAUCAAGCUGAACCUGCUGAUCUGGGGCUGGCUGGUCGUCGUCUUCUUCCUGCCCGAGAUCGCCGCCGGCGUGCUGUUCCCGCCCAAGAAGUGGGAGAGCCGGCCGACCGCGUACCGGAUGCUGUGCUGCGUCGGAGCGGUCGGUAAUGUGCUCAUGAUGAUGGCGGCCAACCUGGUCGGGUUUGCCGUCGGACUGGACGGCUUGGAGAGUAUUGUCAAGGGGAUCUUUAGAGACUAUUCUGGCCUCGCGUUUUUGAUCACGGCAUGUGCGGCAUUGUUUGUAGGGAUCCAGGUCAUGUUUGAGAUACGACAGUCCGAGUAUAGACGGGGGAUUAAUCUCAAGUGCUGAGUGGCCUGUACUUUUGCGGAUGUCAGAUAGCAAUAAUCAUAUGUCAGAUCAUGUGUGGACAGUAUACAUCCCAGUGAUCUCUGGUCUCUGGCAAAGAAUAUUACGCAUGAAG